ACUGUUAUCAGCAGUUUUACUCAGUGAUUAGCAUGUGAAUUGUGUAUUGUUGCUAAUUUUCGUGUGUGUGCGUGUGUGUGUGUGUGUGCAUUCAGAUCCCAUGAAUUGACCCACAAAAGCUUUUGACUUGCGGUCCACUCUACUCGUACUGUCAGCCUCAAACAUAGCUUCUAAGUUAUUACCUAAGUACAACACUCUAAAAUGGAUAUGUCCAGCGCCAAUUCAUUGCGACCUUUAUUUGCCGGAUAUCCUUUUCAAGGUCAAGGACGUGUCAAUCAACUUGGCGGUGUUUUCAUCAAUGGACGACCGCUGCCCAAUCACAUCCGCCUGAAAAUCGUGGAAAUGGCCGCCAGCGGGGUUCGGCCAUGUGUGAUAUCGCGACAGUUGAGGGUUUCCCAUGGCUGUGUAUCCAAAAUACUGAAUCGCUACCAGGAGACGGGUUCGAUAAGACCAGGAGUGAUUGGUGGCUCGAAGCCCAAGGUGACAUCACCAGAGAUUGAAGGACGCAUCGAUGAGAUGCGCAAGGAGAAUCCCGGCAUUUUCAGCUGGGAGAUACGCGAGAAACUGAUCAAGGAGGGCUUUGCGGAUCCACCAUCAACGUCAUCGAUUAGUCGAUUGCUGAGAGGAAACGAUCGGAGUAGCGAGGAUGGACGCAAGGACUAUACGAUACAUGGGAUACUCGGCGGCCGCGACUCGGACAUCAGUGACACCGAAUCGGAGCCGGGCAUUCCAUUGAAACGCAAGCAGCGCCGUUCCCGCACAACAUUCACCGCCGAACAGCUGGAGGCACUGGAGCGCGCCUUUGCCCGCACCCAGUACCCAGAUGUCUACACCAGGGAGGAGCUUGCUCAGACCACGAGCCUGACGGAGGCGCGCAUCCAAGUGUGGUUCUCCAAUCGCCGUGCACGUCUGCGCAAGCAUUCGGGUGGAUCGGGCUCCGGAUUGUCUCCCAUGAAUGGCAGUGGGGCCAGCGUGGGCGUAGGUGUUGCCGUCAGCGGUGCAGCUGCACCACUUGGGUUUGCACCACUCGGUGUCGGCUCCAUGGCGGGCUAUAGUCCCGCCGCUGGCACCACAGCCAGUGGUGCGACGGGCAUGAGCGACAGCUCCCAUCACCAUCACACCACCGCCCAUGCGCCCACCUCCCACAGUGCAGCAGCCGCUGCAGCGGCGGCUCAUCAUCACACCCAGAUGGGGGGCUACGAUCUGGUGCAGAGUGCGGCGCAGCACGGUUUCCCAGGCGGCUUUGCCCAACAUGGACACUUUGGCGGCCAGAACUACUAUCAUCAAGACUACUCGAAGCUAUCCAUUGAUGAUUUCUCCAAGCUGACCGCGGAUAGCGUCUCCAAGAUCUCGCCCUCUUUGCAUUUAAGCGAUAACUACUCCAAGCUGGAGUCGCCCUCCAACUGGUCCCAGGCCGCCUACCAUCUCAACCAGUCGGCGGUGGCGGCAGCCAAUUACAAUGCGGCGGCGGCUCACCAUGCGGUCGCCCAGCAUCAGUUGAAUGAUUAUGCGGCUGCGGCGGCUCAUGGUAAUGUGGCGGCUGCCUACAAUCAUCCACUGCCCGCCCAGGGUCAGGGGGCGAAGUACUGGUCAUGAGUGAAUUGCAUAACCAGAAAAAGCAACAACACUGGCAGAUAAAGUGAAGAAAAGCGCAGUCGUCUUUUGAAUUAGUUGUAGAUUAUUUAAAUGCAUUUCAAUUAUCAGCAGAGGCACAUGUAAAUCUUAGACAUCUUUUUAUUCGCCCAAUAUGGAAAUCAAUUGGCUUAGCUAAAUAUAAUAUUAUAAUUUAAUGUUACACGGCUUUCAGAGGCGCAUUGAGUUGCCUUUGUCAGGCGACGUGUUUACCGUCUAAGUAUAUUUAUUUGAACUUUAGAUACAACGCGAUAUUAUUGAUAAAAUACAGAGAACUACUAUUUUACAA